AUGGUGGAUAGCUUUGGCAGCGCAGACGCGUACAAUGAGAUUAGAUGGGUUAGACAGAGCUGUAGGAGUGGCAAAGAGGCUGUAUUCAAACUGGGACAGCGACUAUCGGGGAAACCGCUGCAAUUCGUUAUAGGCAACCAGCCAUUCAAUAGUGCAGUGAUUCAGUGUAUUCCACCAACGCUUAUUCCACGCCAGGAGACAGAAUUCUGGGUAGACAAACUAAUCGCGCGAUUUUGUGAUAAUAGACAGCUUAGAGUGCUAGAUCUGUGUACAGGGAGUGGGUGCAUUGGUGUGAGUAUUGCUAAGGAGCUGCACUGCGAUAGCGUCGUGGUAGUGGACAGCUCACCCAAGGCGUGCAAGCUAGCUACAAUCAACGCACGUAACAAUCUCACCAAGGAGCAGCUCGAGAGGUUCGAGGUGAAGCAGAUGGACAUUCUCAGUGAAUCUAUAGACCUCAGCAGCUACAAUGUUAUUACUAUCAAUCCACCUUACAUUACUCAACGCGAUUACAAGACACUGCACUCAGAAGUCCGGGAUUGGGAGGAUAAAGAUGCACUACUCGCUGGGGGAGAUGAAUACGGACUGGUGUUUUAUAAGAGAAUGAUCUAUUUACUCAAGGAUGCGUUUAACAAACAAGUUUGGAUGGAAGUUGGUUAUAAUCAGGCUCAAUUGGUGGUAAAGCUGGCCAAGCAGAGUGGUGUAGCCAAUGUGGAGCUUAUAGAAGACCCAUUUAACGACAGAAUCAACAGAGUCGUCAUUCUGCACUUAUAA